GGCAGUAGAAAUCAUUCUAUGAAUGACAGCGCUCCUGUUGGAUCACAUAACGUGUAUCACGUGAUAUAGUUCACGGAAGAUUGCCAAAUAAAUUGCUUCCCACCUGUUGACCACAGACUGACAGAAGAGUUCAACUCCGUCAAAAAAAAAUGAGAAGACUGUGUUUGCAUUUUCUUGUCCUUAUAUUGGGCCUAAUCGGCUCAGGACGUUGCCGAAAUGUUCUUCAAACAACUGCUGAAGGAACACAGACGAAAGAGUCUGUUGUCCAACAAGAUGAGCCCGCCCAGAGAGCCGCGGGUGUCACUUUCGCCUUGGCCAAACACUUCCAGGACAACAUGGUGUUACAGAGAGCCCCAGAGAGGGCCAACAUCUACGGCUUUUCUCCCGAUAUCGGAAAGAAAAUCAUCGCACAAAUGAACACCCCAUCGAAGCAGUACGACUACACGACGGUGGUCACAGCGGGCUCUACAGCUGGCGUCGGUGUAUGGAAGAUAACUCUUGAUCCACUCAAAGCCGGCGUCACUGUCACCAUCAAAGUUGUAUCUGACCGCGGCACUUUGAACCUGAAAAAUGUCAUUUUUGGUGACGUGUGGAUCUGCAGCGGCCAAUCCAACAUGCAGUUUAAUGUAUUUAUGAUGUCUGAUGCGGCAGCGCAGACGGCAGACGCUCACAAUUACCCGAACAUCCGCCUGAUGACUGUGUCGAUGAGAAACUCCACUUUCCCCUUGGACGAUCUGGUAGCGAUUGAUCAAGCCUGGACGUCUCCAAACAGUGGCGCCAUGGGUCGCUGGGCCUGGGACUAUUUCUCUGCUGUGUGCUGGGUGUUUGGCAAGCAAGUGCACAGGGCCACGGGGGUUCCUGUUGGUCUGAUCGCCUCAGACUGGGGCGGCACGCCGCUAAACGCUUGGUCUUCCCCCGAGUCUCUCCAGAAAUGUAGAGCAGCUAAAGCCACAAGCAGAAGGACGGUGGGAGCUGCUGAGAUCAGUUUGCCUGUGUCAGACAGCCCCAACUCCCCUCCUCAAGCGCGGGCAUUUUAUGUCCCGAGAGACGACUCCGUCCUGUGGAACUCCAUGAUCUACCCGCUCCUGGGGAUGACCUUGCGCGGCGCCAUUUGGUACCAAGGUGAAACUGAUGCAGACGGUGGCACCAAGAUGAAUAUCUACAACUGCACCUUCCCUGGCAUGAUCGCCGACUGGCGCGAAAAGUUCAGUCAAGUGUCUCAACAAACCAACCCUCUGUUCCCCUUUGGCUUUGUGCAGCUGGCGCCCAACGCCCCACAACCUCCGUACAUCACUGUGGGCUUCCCAGACAUCCGCUGGCACCAGACAGCUGACUACGGCUACGUGCCCAACCCCAAGAUGCCCAACGUGUUCAUGGCUGUCACUCUGGAUCUGCCUGGGUUUAACUCUACCUACGGCCCGACACACCCACAGGACAAAGCAGACGUGGGCGCCCGCCUGGCCCUAAGUGGACUGUCCGUGGCUUACAACCAGAAAACUUUCUAUCAGGGCCCGUUCCCUCGGUCCGGCGCGCCAUCUUCCUCCGGCUAUGUGCUGGACUACGGCUCUACCUGGAAACUUGUCGUGCGCAGUCAGGACGUAUUUGAGUUCUUCUGUGAGCGGAAGGACGGCAGUUAUGGGAAAUGGGUGGUCACCUCCAGUGUGGCUUCUAACUCUACGAGCAUCACAUUGAAAUCUGACGUCUGUGGCAACGAUGAGAAGAUCAUGGGGGUACGCUACGCCUGGCGUACUUCACCGUGUACCUUCAAGAAGUGUGCCGUCUAUUCCACCGUCAACAGCCUCCCUGCCCCUCCCUUUGUCUUCAAGGCCAAGGCGGGAGAGAACGAAGUGAAGUUUUCUGGACCUUUCGGGGACGGUCGUCUGGAGUUUUAACUUCAUUCCUAGCCUAGAGGCCCAAAAUAUGACAGAUAUCGGACUUAAAGUACGAUGCGAUCGAGAAGAAGGAGAAGAUUCCUAGGGACUAGGGGUUUAAUUAUUGUCAAAUUUCUUGAUUAACGCUAAUGUUUCUACUGUCACUUUGUUGCCAUACGUUUGUUCACAAGAGAGUUUUUACAAUAUUUAAAAUAAUGCUUGUUACUGUACAAAUUUCCUGGAAUAUCACCCUGAUGGAUACAGAACUUUUUUUUGAUGUCCCAUACCCUUCCAGUGGAAGAGUCAAAUGAAUUUUGUAAAACCCUGUGUCUGCUUUUUCAUAUUCCUCAUCAAGAGGUGUAAAUUAGAGCUUAUAACAUUCUGUACAUGUUACAUUACAUAUCAAUACUAGACAUUUUAGGCGACAUUGCGUAGUUCUUUUUGGUGGAAAAAAGUAAUAUGCCGUCUACAAAAAAGGCAGCUCAACUAUUGAUAUACGGGGCGUGCUGACAAAAUGAGUUACUUUUCACAAUCAACAAGUGGAGAUAUUGGCCAAAAAUAGACAAUAGUGUCAAAGUUGCAGAAUUUCUGUUGAUGCCAUAUUCUUUAACUAUAACAUGCCUUUUAUUAUUUCAUACUAAUAAAUCGUAAAAACUUCACCUAUACGUGUGACGUGUCUAUUUCCAUUAGGCUUGAAUUCGAGAAGUAACUCAUUUUGUCAACACGCUUCACAAAAGCUCUGUACAGAGCGUUGGUUGGUUUGUGAUGCACGACGUGACCUCCGUUCUAUGAGGACUUCUUUCAGUAUACAUGUAUUCAGGUUUUAUAGAUUUUUAACACAUUUUUAGUUUCUUGGAGUUGUUUAUCUGUCCAGCACAUAGCAGACUUGUACUACUUGUAGUGCCAUAAAAGGAUUCUGUACAAGUACAAGGGCAGUACAACUAUUGGGUUGCUCUGGCCGAAGCUAAAAUGUUGUACGUGGUAAAAAAAUUAGACAUUAUUAUUCGCUGUGUCAAGUUAUUCUGGUUUUCACCAUGUAUUAACUUGUGAAGGAUUUCAUGUGAGGCUCUGAGAAAAUUCUCAGCAAAAACAAAAAAUCUUCGAAUGUU